CCUCUUAAGCUGAAAGCCUGUGAAGAAGAAAUCCAACCGUCCCCCAUCACACAAUAUGCAUAAGUUGAAGGAUAUGAGCAGCGUCGCCAAAUUUAAGUUGAGGAAAAGCGCCAUAGCAACUCAGGAGAAGAAGGAGAAGGCUACUGCGAGGAACAGGCAGGAGAAGGAGAUUGCGGAGGAGAGAGCUAAGGCUAAGAAGGCUCAAGCCAAGGCCGAUCUGCACCAGGAGAAGGCCGAUCACCGGGUCGCAUCAGCUGUUCAUCAUGCCGGCUUACACCACGUUCCCCUCAGCGGCCACCGCCGCCGCCACCACCACCAACACCACCCACAUGUCGGAGCUGCUGCUCCUACUACUCAUCUGUAUUCCGGGGCCCAUCCAUAUGCUGGAAAUUACUAAAUGUUCGUGUGAAUAAGAGUGUAUAAUGAAAUGUGUUGCAUAUAUAAUUACCUUGUAAUUUAUGUCAGUACUGUGCUAGAAUUCCAUCAGAUAUAGUUUUUGGUUGUAUAAAAGUCCCUACUAU